UUUCCACGCGGGACACUGCUCUGUACUACCAAAUUUCACAUCCCAACUCUGCGACUUGAAGAAAAGAGAGAAAGAGCGAUCGAUUUGGGUUUUCCGUAAUGGAAGAAAGCAUGGGUGGCGCGUCGCUCCCAUCGGGGCCCGACGCGAAGAAGCGGCGCGUGAGCUACUUCUACGAGCCGAGCAUCGGCGACUACUACUACGGCCAAGGCCACCCAAUGAAACCCCACCGGAUCCGCAUGGCCCACAACUUGAUCGUCCACUACUCCCUCCACCGCCGCAUGGAGAUCAACCGCCCCUUUCCGGCCAACCCCUCCGACAUCCGCCGCUUCCACUCCGACGACUACGUCGAAUUCCUCGCCUCCGUCACCCCCGAGACGCUCUCCGACCACUCCUUCUCUCGCCAUCUCAAGAGGUUUAACGUCGGCGAGGACUGCCCCGUGUUCGACGGCUUGUUCGGAUUCUGCCAGUCCUCCGCCGGCGGGUCCAUCGGCGCCGCCGUCAAGCUCAACCGCGGCGACGCCGAUAUCGCCCUCAACUGGGCCGGUGGGCUCCACCAUGCGAAGAAGUCUGAGGCUUCUGGGUUUUGCUACGUCAAUGAUAUCGUGCUUGGCAUUCUUGAGCUCCUCAAAGUUCACAGGCGUGUACUCUAUGUAGAUAUUGAUGUCCACCAUGGUGAUGGUGUUGAAGAGGCAUUUUACACCACUGACAGAGUCAUGACCGUGUCAUUUCAUAAAUUUGGAGAUUUCUUUCCAGGUACGGGGCACAUUAAGGACACAGGGUGGGGGACUGGGAAGAAUUAUGCCCUGAAUGUCCCUUUAAAUGAUGGAAUGGACGACGAGAGUUUCCGUGGUCUGUUUCGUCCCCUCAUUCAAAAAGUCAUGGAGGUAUAUCAGCCAGAUGCAGUUGUUCUUCAAUGCGGAGCAGAUUCAUUAGCUGGUGACCGGUUGGGGUGCUUCAACUUGUCCGUAAAGGGCCAUGCAGAUUGCCUUCGUUUUCUUAGAUCUUUCAACGUACCUCUGAUGGUCUUGGGUGGGGGAGGGUAUACUAUCCGCAAUGUUGCUCGUUGCUGGUGCUACGAGACAGCGAUUGCAGUUGGGGUAGAGCCUGAUAAUAAAUUGCCUUACAAUGAAUAUUAUGAAUAUUUUGGGCCAGAUUAUACUCUUCACGUUGAUCCAAGCAACAUGGAGAACCUAAACUCACCCAAAGAUAUGGAGAAAAUAAGGAAUACACUGCUAGAGCAACUUUCCAGAUUACCACAUGCACCUAGUGUACCUUUUCAGACAACGCCACCCAUCACAGAAGUUCCAGAAGAGGCUGAAGAGAGCAUGGAACGAAGGCCAAAACAGCGCAUAUGGAAUGGUGAUGAUUAUGACUCUGAUCCUGAUGAAGAUUUGAAGCCUCGGCAUACUUCUGACAUGAGGGAUGUAAUUGAUGAAAUGGAAGAAGAUAAAGGAAUGGAAGAAGAUAAAAGAAUGGAUGAAGUUAAAAUCGAACAGCAUCCACUGUCUUGACAUGGCUUAACUUCUUAGCUUCUAUUUGUCCUAUUUGGCCAUGAAGCAUUAGAAUAGGCGCUUUACUAUCAUGUUGAUCCCUCCCUCCCGUUUCUUCCUGUACUUUAUAAGAAAAACAAUUUUACUUUUGAUAUUAGAAUGUAUCAGAAUCAGAGUUAGGUUGAGUACACAGUAUUUGAAUACUUUGUCCAGAGUGACAUUCUUCUUGGGGAUACCCCAAGUCAAUUUUUGUUUUAAGUAGGUUACUUUCUGCAGGACUCCUGUUAUGUGCAUAAAUGUUAUCUAGACAGCUUGUUCCAUUUAUUAUUGAAUUACAUUGCAUUAAUCAUACUAAAGCUGGUUAUUUUAUUUA